GUGAGUGUCCGUCUGUGUGUUCGUAGGGGGGGUGUGUGCGUGCGUGUGUGUGUGUGUGUGUGUGUGCACACGCGCUUGCUGGGCACUCCGAGCAGCUUGCUCGCUCGCUCUCUCUCUCUCUGAAGAAGAAGGAAAUGCUUGGGCUUGGGAGGACCUGACGGAGUGUGGGGACUGUGGAGGAACGUGAUUCCGCGAUUCGGGAUUUGGGGCUGCGUUCGGAUAUGUGACCGCUUCUGUUGCCGAGAGCUCCUGGGCUGCUCCUGUCUCUGCUUCCCUUUUUUCACUUAAACAAAAAGAAACAAAAAAAAAGGACGUGGAUGAGGGACAAUGCCGACUGACGAUUACCACCUCCCUCCCGAUGCCCUCCCGCCGUUGCCGGAGAGCCUGCCCCCCCACAGCGGUGUGAUCUCUGGGGAUCCGACGGGCCGGUUCCGGGUCUCCUCCUCUUCCUCCUCCUCCACCUCCUCCUCCUCCUCCUCCCGCUCGUGCGGCCGCGGCGGCAUGGACUCCACGGACAGCGAGCGGCCGGUCAGCUACGGCUCCACCUCCUCCUCCGCCUCCUCCAGGGACAGCCGCUGCUCCCUGGGGAGCCGCUCCACGCUGGCCUCCUCCUCCUCCUCCGCCCACUGCCACCCGGGUCUGGGCUCCGCCCCCGACCGCGAACGCGACGCCGGCGCCAUCCGGCUGGAGCUGGUGCCCGCCCGCCAGCUGGACGAGGAGCCCAGCCCCGCCCCGGCCACGCCCCCGGCCACGCCCGCUGCCACGCCCACCGGGCCCAAAAUGCAUUAUGUGGACCGGGUGGUGCAGGAGAUCCUGGACACAGAGAGGACCUACGUGCAGGACCUGAGGAGCAUCGUGCUGGAUUACCUCGACUGCAUCUCCAACCAAUCCCGGCUCUCCCUGGGGGCGGAGGACAGGGGCUCGCUUUUCGGGAACAUCCGGGACAUCUACAACUUCAACAGGUCCGUGGCGGUCCUGACGGAGUGCAUGCGGAACAAGGCGCUGGCCAAGUUUUUCCGGGAGCGGCAGGAGUCGCUGCAGCACUCCCUCCCGCUGGGGUCCUACCUGCUGAAGCCUGUGCAGCGCAUCCUCAAGUACCACCUGCUACUGCACGAGAUAGCCAAUCACCUGGAGAAGGGCACGGAGACGUACGACGUGGUGCUGGAGGCCAUCGACACCAUGCAGCGCGUGGCCUGGCAGAUCAACGACAUGAAGAGGAAGCACGAGCACGCCGUGCGGCUGCAGGAGAUCCAGAGUCAGCUGACCAACUGGAAGGGGCCGGACCUGAUCAGCUACGGAGAGCUGGUCCUGGAGGGAACCUUCCGGAUCCAGCGGGCCAAGAACGAACGCACGCUGUUCCUGUUCGACAGACUACUGCUGGUCACUAAGAAGAGAGAGGAGACUUACACGUACAAGGCGCAUAUCCUGUGCUGUAACCUGAUGCUGGUGGAGCUCAUACCAAAAGAGCCGCUGAGCUUCAGCGUCUUCCAUUACAAGAACCCCAAACUGCAGCACACCGUGCAGGCUCGGUCUCAGCAGGACAAGCGCAUGUGGAUCCUGCACCUAAAGAGGCUCAUACUUGAAAACCAUCCUGCGAAAAUUCCAGCCAAGGCCAAGCAGGCUAUUUUGGAGAUGGAUGCUGUGCAUCACCCCGGCUUCCACUACACCCCCGAGGGAGAGAAGAAGUUCUCCCCCCAUGCCAAGGAGAGCGCCACCACCAGGAGGGUGAGGAGGAAGUCAGAGCCCCUGUCCAAACUGCUGAAGAACUCCAAGCAGAGCGCGGCCAGUGCAGACCCCCAGAAGCGGAGCAGUUUGGGGAUGACCCUCCUGUCCCCCAUCUCCGCGCUGAGUCCCAGGGAGGGUAUGCUGGCCGCCAUUGGUCGAACCCGCAGCCUGGUGAACGAAUCGCAGGAGUCGCUGGACCCCGGGGACGCCAGCGACGCGGAGGACAGCUCGCACCUGCAGGACGCCGACGAUGAGGACGACACCUGCCCGGGUUCGGGGAAGAAGUUCAAAAUCUAUGCAAGAGCCGCUCGGAAAAGACUGAACCCUCAGGUGUCCGUGGACAGCAUGGACAAGUGGCCGAAUUUAAACAUCAAUGCCUGCGACUUACAGACCGCCAAAGAGUCCCUGCAGAUGGACGCAGGCCACACCCCGCUCGGCGGGGCGUCCCGCCAGUCGGACGGCCGCGCGGACCCCCGUCUGGCCUCCGUCCUGGGGGGCGACCCGCUGGUGCGGAACAUCUGGACGGACCACCAGAUCCGGCGCGCCAUGUUCCCCCCCCGCCAGCAGACCCUGCAGGGGGAGGACGAGGACGACAUCUACCAAAUGUUCCUGCCCUCGGAGGCGGGGGCCCCGGACCGGGACCGGGACCGGGACCGGGCCGGGGGGAGGGCCCCGGGGCGGCCCUGCAGCUGGCACAUGGAGCAGCCGGACGAGGAGGAGGAGGAGGAGGAGACGGCGCCCCCCGCUGGCCGGAGGGUGAUGCGGCGGGCCAGCAGCGUCGGGGAGCAGCGGUCGGAGAGCCAGGCCCCAGAGGGCAACGAGACCUCCAGCAACGUUUCGGGGUCCGACUCGGCCGAGCGGCUUAUCGCCGACGAGGUGGAGAACGUCUACGACAACAUCAGCUACGAGGACCUCAAGGCCAUGGGGCUGGUCCGGCGGGGGGAGCAGGAGGGCGCCCGCGCCCCGCCCCGAACCGGGCAGGAGCCGGGACCGAGCGCCGGGCCCGUGGAGAGACCCAGCGCCGCACAGGAGGGGCUUCCCGAAACGCCUGCCCCGUCUGAGAACCGAGCCUCCACCACCUCCUCCUCCACCACUAUCACCACCACCUCCUCUUCCUCUUCCUCCUCCUCCUCCGCUCCAGAAGCCGCCGCUCCAGUGAAGUGCGAGCUGGAGAUCGUGGAGGAGAACAUCUACGACACCAUCGGCCUCCUGGACCGGCCCCCGCCCGAGCCUCCAGCGAGCGGGGCGGGGGCCGAGGGGCGGACUCAGGACGUCCCGCCAGCUCCAGAGCCCGUCUACGCGAACUGUGAGGUCCCCGGAGCGUCCGGCUCUGAGGGGACCGCACGGGAGGGCGGGGCGGACAGACGGGACGCGGGGUCCUCCUCCACCUCAGACUCGCUCCCCCGUGAGCAGGGCGGGGCCACCGCGCCCCCCAGGGCAGACAGGAUGACGGAGCAGGUGGACGAGAUGUGGAACGACCUGGAGAACUACAUCCGGAAGAACGAGAAGAAGCAGGACACCCGCCUGCUGGCCGCGUUCCCCGUGAGCGGGCCGGAGGGGGGGGCCACGCCCAAAACCCCCGCCCCGAGCGGCCCCGCGCCCCUCAGAGAGGAAGCGACGGAGCAGGAGGACGCGGAGUCCCGUCCGGCCCAGCCCCUCCCCCGCCCCCUCCCUUCUCCCCCCGUUGUCCCGGAGACCAUGGUGGGCAGCGUCAGGGCGGCGAAGAGCAAGCUGGCGCGGCUCAGCGGCGGGAGCUUCCGAUUCGACGACGGCGAGGGCGACGCCCUGAAGGAGGAGGAAGAGGAGGAGGAGGAGGAGGGGGGCAGCGGCACUCUCCUGGGACUCAGCGGGAGCAUGUUCCCCGGCGACCUGGCCAGCCUGGACCACACGGUGGCCUCCACCGGCGCCGGCUUCCGCCUGCCAGGGGGCGCCGGGGAGCUGCCCCUGGACUGGAGCGACAAAACCCGCAACCGCGUCUUCCUCAUGGCCCGGCAGUACAGCCAGAAGAUCAAGAAGGCCAACCAGCUGCUGAAGAUGAGGGGCGCCGAGCAGGAGCCGGGCGGCGGCCGGGCCCGGCCCAAGCAGAAGGACCUGGCCGCCAUUUUGGAGGAGAAGAAGCAGGGCGGAGCCGCCAUAGGUGCGCGGAUCGCGGAGUACUCUCACCUGUACGAGCAGGUGGUGUUCAGAGAGCCUCCCGCGGGGGGCAAGCAGAAGCCCCCCCGCAGUCAUUCGGUGGACCCGGAGUCGCUGCAGCGUGGCUCGCUGUCGGACUCCGACGGCCGAGGGCCUGAGGAAGAGGAGGAGGACUGGCUGCACUCCACCUACAGCAACGGCGAGCUGGCCGACUUCGUCUCCUGGCCCCGCGACGCGUCCACCCCCCGGCCCAAACUCACCCCCGCCAGCUCCGUCCCGGCCCUGAGGACCCUCCCGGCCCAGCCCCUCCCCCUGCUGCCGCCCAAUCAGAGGUGGAGCGCCUGCGUCAAUCAGCCAAUCAGGGAGGGCUUGGACCCGGAACAAGUGUACAGCUCCCUGGGGCAUCGGCCCGGGACCGCCUCCAAGGCCCCGCCCUACGACAGGUGCCAGUCCUUCGCGUCCGUGGCGAUCGCGGUCAUGGCCGCCGGUAAGAGGGCCGAGCCGUCGGGGAAGGAGAACGUCCAGACGACCUCCUCCAAUCGGGGCUCGGGGGGGGAGAAAACCCCCCGCUUCCCCGUCCCGGGGCUGGGCCAAUCAGGACGGCAGCACAGCCUCCCGGAGAAGUCGACGUCGUCGUCGUUGUUGUCAUCGUCGUCGCCGCCGCCGCCGCCGGCGCCGUCGAGCGCAAGCUCGGAUCUGACGCUCCGGGACGGCCAGCAGGUGGUGGUGGUGAACAGAACCACGCCCCUCACCCCCCAGGCCGCCACCCAGAACUACCUCGCCAACUUCAAGGACGACGGGGGCGGCGACGGGGACGACGACGAGGACUACGUGGAGAUCAAGUCGGAGGACGAGGACCUGUCGCCCCCGCCGCGGGUCGACUCCGCCCCCGGCUCCGCCCACUGCUUGGACAGGCAGCAGGGCAGGGGCCUGAUACAGUCCCACAGCCUGCCCUGCACCCCCGUAAAGUCCUGCCACCACCCCGCCGUCGCCCCCCCGCUCCCCCUCUCGGCCUUCGCCGACCAGAGCAAACUGAGCAGCUACCUGUGGAGCGAGCCCCAGGGCUCCCAGAACAUCGUGCAGUCGCUGAGGGACAAGUUCCAGUGCCUCAGCUCCAGCAGCUUCGCCUGAGGCUGAUUAACAUCACCACCGUUAUCAAUAUCCAUAUUCAUAAUUCAUAAUCUUUGUGUACCGGUAUAUCCAUUCUCUCUUGGGCAACCCAGAACAAUGCAGACCGUGGUUGAGAGUCACAGGCCAGCACUGUGGACACUAUUUCCGAGAAGCAACAUCCGGCAAUAAUUUAAUAUUCUUCCACGUUUUUUUUUGUUUGUUUUGUUUUUCUGAGUAUAAAUGCUUUUACGGUAUGUAUAUUUAAGAAAAGGAUUUUAAAAAAAGAAAUAAAUCAGAGACAGCGUUUGUACCGUAGUUUACGUAGCACUAAGGUUUAAAUCGAUGCACAGCUCAGGCUGCGGGUGGGCUGAAAGGGUUAAAAAGGGAUCCUCUUCAUAGACGCUCCCCAUCUGAAGGUUGCGUAAGCCCGCCUGUACAUAGGCUUUGCUGCGUAGCUUUGCUGAACUUAGGCGUAUGCAGUAGAGCUCAGGGGUCGGGGAUAACCAAUUAGCAAACCCGGCCUGUUUCACACUCCUGUACCGCAUGGAGUAUGGGGCCAUGUUCAUUCACGUUUGGAGAAACAAAAUGAAGACCCCCCCCCCACUUCAACUCUUCUCACCCUUACACCCCCCCCCCCCCACAGAGAAUCUGGAACCUGGAAUUAGGCCCGCAUUUAACCUCAUUCACAACGAAGAUGUACGUGAAGUCAUGAAGCAGCAGCCCGCGUGAAAAAUGAUAUUCGGCUCACAAAGUACGUUGAGUUAAAAAGGUGAAAACUUUAGCUGUCAUUUUUCUAAUAAGGUUCCUGCAGGACUUUGAAAUUGCAGCUCCGGCUUUUAAAAAUAAGUGACUUUAAAUUUAGACUUCUGUUUGUCCGCGUAGAUGAGAAUAUCGCAGCUCACAGCGCUGGUCCUCUGCGGCGCGCUCGUGUGGAUCUGCCACCGUUUGUGCAUCGCGCACAAGAUUUAGAGUAGCUUUAGACGCUGACGAGUUUGUGCAUUUGGUAACUGCAUCUCCCACUCAGGAUUCAAAUAAAGAUAGUUAUAUUAUGAAUUAGGUAUGCAUGCUUUUAGACCUGGAAUGUCCGUAUAUAUAUAAAUAUAUAUUAACUAUGCGCGCAUAAAUGGUAUUUUUGUAAUAGGACUCUAAGGGUUUCCAGCGAUGUCUUCCGGGUUUAUGCUUCGAGAGUGAAGAUUAAAUUCCUAUUAAAACGAGAAGAGAGCAGACUUUAAUCAAAAGGUAGUCUUGAAGAAGUGUACAUAGUCGUUACAACUAAAUACGCUAAGCAGCAAUAGUAUCUAUUUAUUUCAAAACUACAUGUGUGAGCUGUUUUUAAAGGUAUAUAUUUAGGCCACUGUGUACGUGUCUGUAGUUUUGAGUGAAAUAUAAUUACAGGACAGUUCGUAUGUGGUAAUAACAUAAAACACUUAUUUUCUAUGAGGGACCACUGAAGACAGAUUUAAGGAUUUUUUAAAAAGUUGCUUAAGGAGUACUGUACCGAUGUAUAUGUUUAUUAAACUCGUCAUGUUCAUCAGGUUAUGAUUUUUAUUUCAUUUUUGUUUACUUUUUGUGUUGAUAUUGGGAUAGUCCCGCCCCCUCUGGUAAAAACUACUGAUGGUUCAUCCAAUGACGGUUCCUGUUUUCCUUGUCACUCAUCAUGGAUCGCACUGUCUCAUAACACUGUUUCUCUCACUCCUGUGUUGUUCAAACACGCUGAGGUUUUAUUAGUUUCAGGGCUAAGGUUGUGAUGGAGGAGCAUUGGUGGAGCUAGACCUGGGGUUCCUCCAAACAAGUCAGACCAAACCGUUCAUGUUCCAAGCUGGUGGAAAUGUUUAUUUAAAGGUCAAAGCUGCCUCCUUACCCCAGGUGUGUGUAAAAAAAAUAA